AUGGGCGAGGCCAACGCCAACGCCACAGGCGGCGCGCCACCCGCCGCCGCCGCGGCGGUGCGCGUGCUGUCCGUGUCCCGCAUCACGCCGGCGCCGGCGGAGGGCGCCACAGCCGGCGCUGACCCCGUCGUCGUCAAGCUGUCCUUCUUCGACACGCCCUGGGUCGUGCUGCCGCCCAUCCAGCGGGUGUUCCUGUACGAGCUUCCCGCCGGGGGCGACGUUGACGGCGACGGUCACGAGUUCACUGCGGCGGUGGCGCGCCUCAAGAGCUCCCUCGCCGCCACGCUGGCGGUGUACCUGCCGCUGGCCGGAAAACUGGCGUACGUGGCCGCCACCGGGGACGUGGUCGUAGACUGCGCCGACGACCCCGGCGUGGCCUUCGUCGAGGCCGAGGCCGACGGUACCGACACCGACACCUUCGACGUGCGCCGGCUCGCGGGCGACGAGGCGCACGACAUCCCGGCGUUCCUGGCGCUGGUGCCGGACCUCUCCACCAAGGUGCUCCCGGCGCCCGUGCUGGCCGUGCAGGCCACGCGGCUCCCAGGCCGCGGCGGCGGACUCGCGCUGGGUCUCUCCGUGCACCACGCCGUCAUUGACGGCCAGGCCGUGUGGCGGUUCAUGGCCGCCUGGGUGUCCGCCGCCCGCGAGGGGUCCCCCGUCACCAAGUCCCUCCCCGCGCCGCACUACGGUCGGGAGGCCAUCCGCGUCCCCAACGGCGACGAGUCCGCGCGCCAGAUGCUCAAGAUGAUCGCACCCAAGCUGCCCGUGGCCAGCACCGUGGCGGACUACGACUUCAGCCAGCGCUUCCGCCUGGCGCGCCGGACGUUCUACCUCUCCGGCGAUGACAUCCGGGCGCUCAAGCGCCGCAUCGACGCGCUCGCCGCGGCCGAGGACAAGGACGACGCCGUCGUCGCCGACGGCAGUAAUAACAGCAACAGCACCACCACCACCCACAGCAGAAACAAGAAGCCGGUGUCGACGUUCGUGGCGCUGGCGGCGCUGGGCUGGACGUCGUUCGUGCGGUCCAAGGGCCUGGUCGCCGGCGACGACACGUACCUGGUGUUCCUCGCCGACCUGCGCGCGCGCCUGGACCCGCCGGUGGGGGACGGCUACCUGGGCAACUGCAUCAAGGGCGUGCUGGCGACGGCGGACGCCGGGGACCUGCUGCUCGACGCCGAGCGGGGGCUGCUGGCGGCGUCGCGCGCGAUCCAGGCGGCCGUGGCGGAGAUGGAGGCGGCGCCGCUGGCGGGAACGGAGCGGUGGCUCGAGAAGAUGAUGGGGCUCCCCUUCACGCGCCUCUGCAACGUGGCCGCCAGCCCGUGGUUCCGCGUGUACGAGGCGUCCGACUUCGGGUUCGGCCGCCCUGCCCGCGUGGAGCUCGUGUCCAUGAACCACGACGGCGAGAUCGUGCUCGUCGGCGGGAGGCGCGACGGCGAGGUGCAGCUGUCCGUGUCGCUCGACCCCGCGCGCAUGGACGAGUUCAAGGCGCACGUCUUCGCCACCUCGUCGGCGCCGGAGGAGGAGGCCACCAACAGAUCGACGAAGGCAGAGACGAGUGCGUGA